GUUUGUUGUUACUUUGUGUUCCAAGAUGUUGCACAGAUUGGUGAGAUCAAGAUCAGUAGCAACUGCAUUAUCAGCCUCAAAAUCUUUCUCUCACCAUAGCAAUGCACUCUUUACGACGUCUAUGUUGUUCGACGAUACCCAAAUACAGUUUAAAGAAAGUGUUGCGCAAUUUGCCCAAGAGCAUAUCGCUCCUCAUGCAGAAAAUAUAGACAAAACGGAUAAUUUCCCCAAGGAGGUGAACUUAUGGAAACUAAUGGGAGACUUUAAUCUUCACGGACUUACUGCUCCAGUCGAAUAUGGAGGACUAGACGUUGGUUACUUGUAUCAUUGUAUGGCCAUGGAGGAGAUUAGUCGCGCAUCAGCAUCUGUUGGCUUAUCUUAUGGCGUCCAUUCUAACGUCUGUCUUAAUCAACUGGUGAGGCAUGGAAAUGCUGCCCAAAAGGAAAAGUAUCUGCCCAAGUUAAUCAGUGGAGAACAUGUGGGAGCUCUUUCCAUUAGCGAGCCAAAUGCCGGGUCAGAUACCGUUGGCAUGAGAACGAAAGCUGAUCGUGUUGAUGGUGGUUACGUUUUAAAUGGGAACAAGAUGUGGUGCACCAAUGGUGGAAUUGCGGAUACCCUUGUGGUUUAUGCUAAAACAAAUGUCGCGGCUGGCUCCAAGGGGAUUACAGCAUUUAUAGUUGAGAAAGGAACACCUGGAUUCAUUGCUGCCCAGAAAUUGGAUAAACUUGGAAUGCGCGGAAGUGCCACAUACGAGCUUGUUUUCGAGAAUUGUUUCGUUCCUACAGAGAAUAUUCUUGGUGAAGAAGGAAAAGGAGUUUAUAUCAUGAUGUCGGGUUUGGAUUUAGAGAGAGUUGUGUUUGCAUCUGCACCUGUCGGGAUCAUGCAGGCAUGCCUCGAUGUUGCUCUUCCAUAUGUUCGUCAAAGAGAACAAUUCGGUCGUCCUAUUGGAGAAUUUCAACUUAUGCAGGGAAAGAUUGCAGACAUGUACGCUUCUUUGCAGUCGUCGAGAGCAUAUUUAUAUACUGUAGCCAGAGAUUGUGACAACGGGAAAAUCGAUCCUAAGGAUUGUGCUUCGGUUAUACUUGUUGCUGCUGAAAGAGCUACCCAAGUUGCAUUGCAGGCUUUACAAUGCUUGGGUGGCAAUGGGUAUGUGAAUGAAUACCCGACUGGUCGAUUACUACGCGACGCUAAAUUGUAUGAGAUUGGUGCUGGAACUAGUGAAAUUAGAAGAAUGAUUAUUGGUCGUGAACUCUUCAAACAACAAUAACAAGUUCCUCUUUUCUUGAGAGUUGAUCCUAAAUUUUCAUUUUAGUGAUGGCACAUGUAUGUGACAUUCCAUAUACUAAAUAAUUAAAAUGUUUCACA